CCUAUAGAUAGGCUAAAAUAGGCGAUUGAUUAUUGAUCACGUGACCAAUAAACGUUAUUUGGCAGUACAGACGAUUUUGUUGACAUUAGUUAUUUGCAGGGUUCCUGAUUGAAAUAAAAAUAUGGCUUUGAUUUCGGGUAUGAGUGAUGUACGGGUUAUAAUCACAGUAGUUGCCAUAGGAGGAUGCUUACUGACUCUCUACCCAAAGGUCUUCGCCCCAAUAGUCAUGAACUUGUUUGGAGGAAGAACAAAAGACAGAGGAGUCCAUAACAAUCAGCCAAAAAUGCCCCCAAGAGCUCAUCAUCCACGUGGCCCUGGAGGAGGAAAUGAAGGAAAUCCUCGUCCGACAGGGAUGCCACCUAAUAUGGAUGCAGAAAUUGAAAGACAUAUGAGGCAGGGACCACACCCUGGAAUGAGACAUGCAGCAGAAAUGAACAAACAACAGUCAAAGACUUCUAGUGGUCGGGGAGGAAUGAUGGGAAUGGUACUUCCUGUUUAUGCUGUGGGCAUCAUUGGUUACCUGAUAUAUACACUGGUCAAAGUCUUUAACAAGAAGAGUAAAGGGGAAUAUGACAAAAAGCCUGGGUAUGGGAGGGUGAAAAACAAAAGCCCAAACACAUCUGAGGAGAGUUCUGUAGUGGAGGAGGCAUCAUUAAGUGAUCUGAAGGAGAGCAGUGCUAAACUGUCAGAGCUGGAGAAUCUAUUAGCUAAAGCAGAUGAUAAAAAUAUAAGUGCAGAUGAAAUGAGAGCUCUUCAAACAAGAUUAGAAGAAACAGAGAAACAGAUGGCCAGGAUUCUGAAAGCCAUGCAGACAGUGUCCUCAAAAGUGACAGAUGUCAUUGAAUCCAAAGAAGAAAAUGUAGAUUCUGACGAUAAAGUAAAUAGUGACUCUGAGGAACGGUCCUCACAGCAAGGAGAAGAGAGUGAGGAGGAAUCUGAACACGCUGAGGACCAAAAAGAAAGUAAGACUCCAAAGGAGAAGGACAAAGAGGAAAAAGUUAUUCUUUUGGAUGGACAGAAGGACAAGGAUUCUGAAGAGGAAUCGGGGGUUCGCCAGAGAAAAGUCCAAGUUGAAGAGAAGGAUAAUUGAGGUUUUUUGGGGGUGUAAAUUUGGUGAUGUGCAAUUUUUUUUUUUACAGAUAGUUUAUGUUUUGAAUAAUCAAUCAAUACAAUUAGAAUUUUAGAAUGCUUAUGUCUGUCAGAUCUCCUUGAAGAUGAUUUUGAAAUUUUACAUUAACAACUAACCAAUAUUUUAAUUCUUGCUUAACACACUGUAAGUACAAAUUAAGGCUAAGUCUUAAUACAUGUAUGCUGUAGGAAGUUUUAGAAACAUCUCUCUUUUUUUUUUAAAUUUUUUUUUAUUAUAUUUGAUUAAGAUAAAUAGGUGAUUGGUGUAUGGCUUGUCACUAAUACAAAUAUUGAUGCUCAAGAUUUCUCAAGUAUUAUGCACCAAGAAUUGUUUGAUUUUGCAGUGUGUUUGCACAUUUCAAGUUUUUAUAACUACCCAAAAUGUGAUGCUUUGUUAUGGUUAAUAAAAUUUUUGUGAUGGUCUCAUGUUUUGUAUUUGUUGGACUCAAAAAAUAUUAAAAUUGUUCUUUAAAUCUUCAAAUGAGAAAAGUUUACAUUAAAAAAAAAAAAUCAAUUGUGUGGUUUAAAACCAAUAAAUUAUUGUGAUACAAAUGGGCUUUGAUGAUCUUUCAUCUGAUUGCAUUGCCCAUUGAUAUAUUUUAAAUUUGAAAUACCAUGCAUUAUGUGUUUGUGUUCAUAGCAAUGAUUAUUGAUUUUUUUUGUAUUUGAUAUUGGAAAAAAUACAACAAUGUAUAAUUUUCCUUGAAUAGAAUCUCAACGUGACCAAAUAGAUUUUUUUAAUGUAACAAUUAUUACUGCACCAUACCUCUAGCUAAGUUUGUUCUUCCUCUGAAAUCACAUUUGUCUAACUUGUGAAAUCAACAACUGCUUUAUAUACAAGGUACAUCAUUAAUCUCAAUUUUAUUUAUCAUGUACAUGUAUUUCAAUGUUAAUUGAGUACAAGGAUUGAUCAGUUUUUCACAUUAAGUCUUUGGUGUUAUUGAAUGAUUUGUUAAUGAUUACAGUCAGUAUAUUCAGUAUCAUUAAUAACUCAUUAUGUAGAAGGAAUAUAUUAAACCAAAUAUAAGAUCAGGCUCCAGGAUCACGAAACAGACUUAGACUUAAGUCAAAUUUAUAAUAGUCUGUAAAAUGUUUAUUAAUUACUGAAUUAAUCGCUAAAUUUGCAGAGAACAACACUUUAGUGAAGUUAAGAAAUAUUUUAAUUUUGGUCUACUUCACUUCUACAAUAUAUUAGUACAUCAUAAAGAUUUGGACUUAAGCUUAAGAUGUUUCAUGAUCCCGGGGCCAGGUCUUAACUUAACACCUUGAUGUACCACAUCCAGUGAUAUUGUUCAUAGAUGAUCUUACUUGAUUUGUUGGUUCUAUUUUUCUGUGUUAUGAUGUAAUUGUUCCAUGACAACUACCUAUAUUUAGAAGGAUAUGUACAUAUGUAGUCCCAAAGACCCUUUAUUUAAAUACUUUACAUUUUAUUAAAUACAUGUAUUUAUGUGUUUUGAGAUUUCAUUUCUUUUGUUUACACAUUUUUAUUUUCUUUGUUUUGUCUACUGCUUUAUUUACAUAAAAAUUUUACACUUUAUCAUAAAUUAUUCAUAUUUAACACUCAUGUAAUGAAGGUGAAUUUAACAUGUAAUAAAAAUGUGUUAAAAUUUA